AUGGGACGGAGAAAGAUAGAAAUCAAGAAAAUCAGUAACAAAAACUACCUCAUGACCUCAUUCACUAAGCGGCGAAACGGCCUCUUUCACAAAGCCAGUCAAUUUUGCAGGUUAUCCGGUGCCGAAAUCGCGGUCAUUGUCUUCUCGCCAGGUGGCCGUGUUUACCUGUUUGGCCACCCUUCGGCAGACUCCGUCAUUGAUCGGUAUGAUAUACGAACUGAAGAUAACAAUAAUGAAGGCACACGAGAGUUUCCAUAUACAAUUGACGACGAGGAGGAUGAUGCUCAUGAUGAUGAUAUGAGCAGCAGCGAGCUUGCAAACGAGGCAGCUGAUGGUAAACAUGAGCUUGGAAAGGCCGGCAGGUUUUGGUGGGAUAAUCUGCCUAUUGAAGAUAUGGAACUAAAACAACUUGAGCAAUACAAAAGUUGCUUAGAAGUUCUAAGAAACGAUCUAGCAUAUAAAUUAUAUGAUAGGAAGAGGAGAGAUUCACACACCAAAGAUUUUUUGAGUUUGAUCGGCUCCAGUAGUAGUGGUAUUGCAGAUAUGGAACUAAAACAACAUGAGCAAUAUAAAGGUUGCUCAUCAGAAGUUUUCAGAAACGAGAUGGCAUAUGAAUUAUAUGAGACGAAGAGGAGAGAAUCACAAACCAGAGAUUUUUUGAGUUUGAUCGGAGAGAAUCACAAACCAGUGAUUUUUUUAGAUUAA